CCGUUCCGCUCUCCCAGCACCGCGCAAUGGCGUCUCCACGGCUUGAGACCUUCUGCUGCCCCAACAGGGAUGUGGCCACUCAGCUCAUCGUCGAUUUUCAGCCGCAUUUUUUCGGAGCCGUAUGCGUGGCCAGUGGUAGCGUCGGCUUUCUGUUUUCCAUCCUGCAGAUCUUGCCUAAGCGAAGGAGCUACAGGCGCCUGGGGCAGUACCCGCUCCCUAAACCCGCCUCAUCCUCCAGGGUGCUCUUCAUCAUCAGCCUGUGUGACAUUCUCGGAUGUGCAGGAAUUAUUUUCAGGUCGUCCAUCUGGUUAGGCCUCCCUGACCUCGUCGCAAAGAUCUCUGACACCAACAACUCUGACGUCUGGCCAGAGGUAUUCUGUGUGGGUACAGCGGUGUGGAUCCAGCUGUUCUUCAGCGCAUCCUUUUGGUGGACUUUCUGCUAUGCAGUAGAUGUCUACUUAGUGGUCAAAAGAUCAGCUGGAGUCAGCACCAUCGUGUUGUAUCACAUGAUCACUUGGGGCCUUGCUGUGCUGCUGUGUGUAGAAGGUGUGGCUAUGCUCUACUAUCCCUCCAUCUCAAGCUGUGAGAAUGGCCUUCAGCAUGCCAUUCCCCAUUACGUCACCACUUACGUGCCCCUGCUGCUGGUGCUCUUUGUGAACCCAGUGCUCUUCUCCAGGACGGUGUCAGCCGUGACAUCGCUUCUAAAAAGCCGACAAGGAAUCUACACUGAGAACGAGAGACGCCUCGGGACGGAGGUUCAGAUGCGAUUUUUCAAAAUUAUGCUUGUUUUCAGUAUAUGCUGGCUGCCCAAUGUCGUCAAUGAGGGCCUGCUUUUCUACCUGGAGAUGCAGGCGGACAUUAAAGCGAGCCAUCUGAAGAACGUGAGGAAUGCUGCUCUCAUCACAUGGUUCAUCAUGGGGAUCCUCAACCCCAUGCAGGGAUUCCUCAACACUCUUGCGUUCCAUGGCUGGACCGGUUUCGACGUGGACCCAAGGCUCCGACAGGCCCAAGAAGUCCACUGGGACUCAGCCUCCACCUCAGUACCUGGACCUGGAACCUACAACUCCUUGCUGGGUUCCACUCUGCACUACCAGAGCCAUGUGCAAGAGAGCAAGAAGAAGAUGAGUGGAAAUGGACAGCAGCCAUCAGAUACUGUCAGCAUACUGUCUGAAGGUUCCGAUUCCAGUACUUUUGAAAUCCACAUUUCCAGCAAGCUGCAGGACUACGAGGGAAUAGAUGCAGAAGGAGAAUCCCUGGAGAAGUCUAUGAGGGACUAGCAGGACUAAGGAGCAGGAUUAAGUACCAGGACCCACUUUCUCUGAGUCAGUCAGCAUUUUGACUUGAACAUGCUGUAUCAUUGCCAUUCUUGUCUCUAAAAACCCAGAGUCCUCUUAUUUCUAUGUGGUAAGUUGUCUUCAUAUUAUCUACUCCUACUGAGGGGUGACAUCAUGGAAGACAAUUCACAGCAUUCAAUAACUUUACCAGCUGUCAACUAUUCUGUCCAAUUCGGGACCUCUGGCUGGGGGCAGAGGUAGAAAGGUAAACUUUGUAUCAUAAUAAUGCUUUCAAAAUAGUACACUGGCUCCUGCGCUUACAGAGUUGUAUGUUUUUGA